GCUGUUAGAAGACAUUAACGGGAGGCAAGCCCGAACCGUGGGCAAAGGUUAGUGGAGCCUGUCACUUUGAGGGGCGGAGACGGCCGCGGCCUUCCCGUUUCUUCCCUCGGGCAGCCCGACCUCGGUAUGUCUUGGGUUCACUUAGCUGCAGGGUUCUCCCCAGGGAGGGAAGGCGCCGGUGGCGGCGGCUAGGACGACGACGACGACGACGCGGCGGCGACUCCCGGGCGAUUUACCUCAGGCCCAGCGGAGAGGCGGAGGCACGACAUGGCGGAGACGGAGAACAGCGACGACGGCUCGGUCUACGCGACCCGGUUUGAGGCGGCCGUGAAGGUGAUUCAGAGUCUGCCGAAAAACGGUUCGUUCCAGCCAUCAAAUGAAAUGAUGCUCAAGUUCUAUAGCUUUUAUAAGCAAGCCACACAAGGACCUUGUAAUAGUCCGAGACCUGGAUUUUGGGACCCCAUUGGUAGAUAUAAAUGGGAUGCAUGGAGUGCUUUAGGGGAUAUGCCCAAAGAAGAGGCCAUGAUUGCCUAUGUUGAAGAAAUGAAAAAGAUUCUUGAAACUGUGCCAAUGACAGACAAAGUUGAAGAACUACUACAUGUAUUAGGCCCAUUCUAUGAAUUUGUAGAGGAUAAAAAGAAGAAAGGAUCUGGCAUAAUACCAGGUCCUGGAAAUGGUGUGCCAUCUGUGCCAACUGUAAAUGGCAAAUCUGAAAGUAGUGACAGUGGAGCAGAAUCAGAGGAAGAACCACAUGAGGAAGAAAUAAUAGAAUUACAGCAAAUUGGAAAAGGUUUAACAGAAGAUGAGAGUGUGAAACAAGGCUCAGAGAAGGAGCUGGACAGUGUUAUUACCAAUGGCUGUUGUGAUGAUGUACCGGAUGCCAACAUUCACAGCGAACUACUGACCAAAUCUGCUCUGAAUGGUAUGAAUGUGGACGAAGAACCAAAGAAAAGAGAUAGACACCUAGACCUACCUGUUGUAUCUAAUUUUGAGCCUCCUCAUCAAGGUUCAGAUCGGAAUGAAAAUGCGACUGAGGAUGUCUCUGGAAUUCUACUGUUGACAAGUGACUCCGAUAGUGAAAUAUACUGUGAUUCCAUGGAGCAGUUUGGCCAAGAAGAGAUGCUGGAAGUCAGUACAUCAACAAAGGAAUUUUCAAAACGUCCAUUUCCUUUCUCAGAAACAAAUCAUAGUAGCUUGUUAGAAAUGUCUGGGUUUCUGGAUCUUGGAAACUGCAUGUCAGAAGGUACAAAAGAGGCUGCGAUUGAGGACAAGGGUGAAGUCAAGUGCGGUGGUGAAGAUGGCAAGGCAAGUGAGGGAGGUCCUCAUAAAGAAAAGAAGAGUGGCGAAAAGGUGGACUUCUAUGGAAUCAGAAGAGGGCGAGGACACAGAAUGCACCCUUUGGGUGAUGGAGCCCAAGGUGGACAGAUAGGUAGUGGAGGAGAUGGAGAGCGAUGGGGUUCAGACAGAGGACCAAGGAGCAGCCUCAAUGAACAAAUUGCAAUAGUGCUCAUAAGAUUACAAGAAGAUAUGCAAAAUGUCAUUCAGAGACUGCAUGCCCUUGAGACACUGACAGCUUCACAGGCAAGAAAUGCAGCUUUGAAUUCAAGUAGUCAGCCUGUCUCACCUGCUAAGAGACCAUCCUGGUGGCCCUUUGACAUUUCUCCUGGUGCUUUAGCCUUUGCUGUUUUCUGGCCCUUCGUUGCUCAGUGGUUGGUGCAUGUAUAUCUUCAAAGGAGGAGAAGAAAACAGAACUGAGAAGUCAAUUUCGAAUUUUACUUAAAGACUGUUAAUAUGAGGACACUCCAGAGGAUAGUUUUGGAAAUCUACAAGAAUCACAGACUCUGGGAUGGCUCAAUCUUCCUUGUUUUUCCUUUUGCACUACCUGAGAUAACACACUUGAACAGUCCCUUUCUCUUUGGUUACAAGUAGAAUAAACACAACUGUCCUAUUGAGCAAUCACAUGGACCUUUAACUGUUUUGGAAUGUACAUUCUUGAUAAAAGACUUGCAAAGUUGAAGGUUCUUAUUGCAGCUCUUACUGAGAGAGGUUCAUUCUAGCUUUCAGAAGAAAAAUCUCCCUUAGUGUAGAAUCUUGCAAAAAAAAAC